AUGUCGUCCUCGAAGUCAUCCGGCCCACUUGACGAGCAGAAGAAGGCAAACGGACAUCGUAGUCACGACCACGAUCAUGAGGAGCAUUCUCAUUCACACUCGAUAUUCGGUCAUUCACACUCUCAUGGUGAAGAUGGGCAUACACACGACGCAGAGCAAAUUAUUGCAGCGCUAAAGGGGUCCGGCGAUCGUGGCAGCUAUAUUACAUUAGUCGGACUGUUCUCCAAUAUCGCGUUAACAGGUGCCAAAGGUCUAGCAGGUUGGUAUAUGCACUCUGCCUCACUACUAGCAGAUGCUGGUCAUUCCAUGAGUGACCUUCUUGGUGACUUUGUCACUCUCUUCUGCUGGCGCCUAUCCCGUAAACCUCCUUCUGAACGAUACCCCUACGGUUUUGCGAAAUUCGAAACGCUCGGCACGACUACUAUCUCAAUACUGCUCAUUGGCGGUGCCCUUGGCAUCGGAUUCCACUCAUACCACCUCCUCAUUGUGGCACUCAGCGAAACGGCAUUAACACUUCCACCUGGACCUCUGCAGGAGUUCUUGCAAUGGGCCACAUCCAGUGCGCCUAUUCCAAAAGUUGGCCAUGGCCAUGUCCAUGCUGUAGACCCUAACGCCGCCUGGUUCGCCGCUGUCAGUGUACUUGCGAAGGAAUGGCUAUAUCGGAUCACCAAGGUUGUCGCCGACGAAGAAAAGAGCCCCGUCCUUCUUGCAAACGCGGUUCACCACCGGAGCGACGCGUAUUCAAGCCUGGUGGCGCUCUUUGCCAUCUUAGGCACCUGGUUCUUCCCGGCGUUUCCUCUGGACCCUAUUGGCGGACUCAUCGUUUCACUUGUCAUCCUACGACAAGGUCUUGGUUUGUUCGCAGGAGCGUGGGGAGAUCUUACCGACGCAGACCAACCGUCAGAAAAGCAGAAUGGUUCAGCGGUUGAUACCCUGCCGUCACUAGUGUCAAUCAGCCAGCUUCGUGCCCGGAAGGCUGGGUCCAUGAUGUUCGUUGACCUUAUCGCCGAAGUCUCUGGGUCAGUCACCGUGUCGCACGCGACAACACUAGAGGAGAAAAUUGGGAACACACUCAAGAAUGCGAGAAAAGAAAUCAAGGAGGUACGAGUAACAUUCCGCCCCACACAUGUGCGGUCAGACUAG